CGACGGAGGACGACGCGCGCUGUGACACUGAACCUCGUGUAUUCUCGCCGAUGGCCUAUCCCAGUAUGCAACACGCUCUUACCGGACGUAUCGUAUCCCAGCUUGCAUCGGCGACAUAUUUUGGGGACCGAAGCAUGAGGUGUAUUCGUGUAUUUUUGAUAGCCUCAAGUGACGAGCGGGCAAUGUGAUGUUGCGCUUCCCUAUCACGAAUACGAACGAACACGUCGUGUACGAGAACUCCGUAAGAGCCGAACGCUUCCCGUUCCCCUUUAGCGUCGCAAAGAUAUUCAACUUUCUAUGCCGACCUGGAGGCGCCGUCCUUCGUUUCUCCGCACCUCAGUAUCCAUGAAGGUUUUCUCCGAAGCUUGCGUUGCCGCCAACUCACGAAGCAGCUCUCUUAAGUGCAACUAACACACCUGUGUCACUCCGCACCGGAUACCCGCACGUGAGUACGAUGACAAGUUGCACCUGCUCGUGACUAGCUUCGUAUCAGCGCAUACAUAGACUUUUCAGUCUGCGGCAAGUAAUGUCCGUGCAUAAGACAUAGCCUCUUUGCAGCUCUUUGUGCGCUGAUUGCGUUGGCCUGGGCGCCGCCUUGUCGAGCGCACCAGCCUCCUCGUCUGCAGCUCUCAUCCAGUCCUGUUCACCGCUGACGUCGUCGUCCAGAAAAACGACAGAACAGGCCUGACGCGGUUACUAGCAAUACUGAGAUGUAUACAGGAUCCUGGACGGCGGCGGAGACCACAGGGCGGCGUACGAACGCCGGCGCCGGUGCUCACGACUAUAUGCCAUCAUGCAUCUUACAGCAGCCCUCACGCCGUGCCGACGAGGCGAGGUGGAGCGGGCUCGUUCAACGUAUAUAAGUCGGAUCAGCUGGAACCGUCGCUGUACCAGCCACAAAGAGGGACCUCUCUUGACAGCUUGGCACUUACACUUGGCAGCCUUCUGAAAUCAUGGCGCGUCUCGCGGGCUUGAAGCUCGCGCUCUUCUUCGGUGCUCUCAGCGGCGCGUACGCUGCUAGGCUCGUGAAGCUGCCUGUCCGCGCGUCGGUGGCGAACCCUACAGCACCUCUGGGCAACAAGAUCUCCAAGUUGACUGUAUCCGUCACGACUGGGAAUGACCAGACAUUCGACAACGUGCUUGUCGACACGGGAAGCUCCUCGCUUUGGGUCGGCGCGUCCAGCCCGUACGUCCCGGGUCCCAACUCGAAAGCUACCGGCGAUACCUUUGACAUUGGUUACGACGAGGGCGAUGCGACCGGCCUGGUGUACCUGGACACUGUGACCAUCGGCUCUGCGACGGUGACGAAUCAGUACAUCGGCGCUGCGAACCAGACGUCGCUCCCUGUCGACCUCGAUCCUCUGGACGGCUUCAUCGGCCUGUCGUUCAACGGCUCGAAUGCACACACGAUCAGCGGUAUCGAUGGGCCGACGAAUACGUUCCUGGAUAGUCUUGUCGAGGAGGGUGUCAUUGAGCAGGCGCUGUGGAGUAUGGUUGUCCCGGCGCUUGACGGACAGCAAGUCGGCGAGGGCGAGAUUCUGUUCGGUGGGUACGACGCGAGCAAGGUGGAGGGCGAGAUCGCCUGGCUGGACGUCACCAAUGAGUUCGACCAGUUCACAUGGGCCUUCAGCAUGGACGGCAUAUACUUUGGCGACAGCCAGAUAUCCAAUGACGGCCCGUUGUUUGCCUACACGGAUAGCGGAGACAUCUGGUUGAGUCUCAACAUAGAUAGCUACCUCGCGAUCCAGAAAUUGGUCCCGGGCGCAGCGGGCGCGUCAAUUGGCCCCGCGGGCGAGGUUAUCGCGUUCCCCGCGAACGCCUCCCUCGCUGAUCUGCCGUCGAUUAGCUACUCGAUGGCCGGUCAGAACUUCACGCUCACGCCCGAGCAGUACAUCAUGCCGUCCAGCGCGUACGCCACGUUCGGCAUCACAGACGACGGCCGACACUACACGUGGUUUGGGAGCGCUGGCUUCCAGGCGGACGCGAUCCUAGGUCAGGCGUGGCUCCAGUACUUCUACUCGAUAUACGACGUCGGGAACACGAAGAUCGGGUUCGCGAACUAUGCUUGAGUGGAGAUGUUGUUGCGGGGAGGCCGGGCCAACGUAGGGCUCGGCUUCGUCCGAGAAGCUACCUAGGUGGUUCUUGAUUGUGUUAUCAUCUCUGGCCAGGACACGAUAGCAACACGUAUCUCGACGUAUCUCAUCGGAUAUCCUCUGUCACUGCAAGUUUCACUGCACCCGAGCUACCGGAAACUCUGCAGGCUUCUCAACAUGAUCCCAGUCGUGGCCGCGCGUUGACAUCGUAUAUCUGUUUUUGACAAGAGGAUACCAACCAGUAC